CUGCUUUAUGCGCUAAACAUUGUCUGCUACUUAUAAAUGGUUGACAGUGACGUUUGGAACAUUUUCAAUCAAAGAUAUUUAAAGGAAAACGGGUUAAAAAGCAGACUUCAGAGAUGACAAGAGGAGUAAAGAUUGAACACUGUUACAUAAGGCUGCUUUAAAUAACCGGGUAUCUUGAUGGUUGUUAAGGAGAAAAACUGCAUAUGCCUAAGAUUUAUCAAGCUGCGUUUUCAUCAAAUUGACAUUUGAGAGUCGCUUGCUGAUGUGUGCGUCUGCGUUUUCGUAUACGUCUGAUCAUAUAAAACAAAUGCUUAUACACAUGAGGGUAGUAACAAUACAAGUGUGACAUACAUUUAAAUUAAAUGACUUGACACCAUUUAAAUGUGACCUAUAAGCUAAGUUUCACUUACCCAUUUUCUAAAGAGCGACUGGCUAAUUAAAACUCAAGAACAUUUCUGAGAUAUGUCAUUCUGCCUUUGAACAUGGAACAUAAUUUAACGACGAACACGCUAAUUCACACAGGUGAAAAGCCAUACAUUUGUGGAAUAUGUAAUGCUGUUUUUUCACUUGAAUCGUAUCUUCAGACCCACAUGCGAAUUCACACUGGAGAGAAACCGUACAAGUGUGAAAUAUGUGACGCUAGCUUUUCCCAUAAACCUCAUCUUAGAACACACGUCCGAAUUCAUACAGGAGAUGAGCCGUACAAGUGUGGCAUAUGUGUUGCUACUUUUUCUAACAAAUUUGCACUUAGGAAACACAUGCGGAUUCACACAGGAGAAAAACCAUUCAAGUGUGAAAUAUGUAAUGAUGCUUUUUCACAAAAACCUCAUCUAAAGACUCACAUGCGAAUUCACACAGGAGAGAAGCCAUACAACUGUGACAUAUGUGAUGAGGCUUUUUCACAAAGUUCUUAUCUGAAGAGACACAUCCGAAUUCACACAGGAGAGAAGCCAUUCAAGUGUGACAUAUGUGAUGAUGCUUUUUCAGAAAAAUCUUAUCUUAGGACACACCUGCGAAUUCACACAGGAGAGAAGCCAUUCAAGUGUGAAAUCUGUGACGCUACUUUUUCACAAAAACCUCAUCUAACGACACACAUCCGGAUUCAUACAGGAGAGAAGCCGUUCAAGUGCGAGAUCUGUUAUGUUGCGUUUUCAAUGCAAAGCAACUUAAAAGCCCACAUUCGAACUCACACUGGAGAGAAACCGUACAAGUGUGACAUAUGUGAUGAUGCUUUUUCACAAAGUUUUAAUCUCAAGAGACACAUGCGUAUUCAUACAAGAGAAAGAAACGGACUUGUGUGACAUGUGUUGAAUUUUUCUCUCACUGAAACCUUGUCCGAGGACAUGUUGAUACACACACGAGUGGACAAUACAUGUACAAAAAAUGUGACAAUUCUUUUUUUUUUUUACAAAUAACUUACUUUUUACACAUGUACAUGUAUGUAAGAAAUUGCACAGAAAAAAACGUAUGCAUAAUUGUGAUAUAUAUGCAUUUAAUUAGCCAAGGGAGACAAUUGUUGUGUGCUUUUUGUCCAUUUUACAAAAGCCUUUGACUAUGCUGUGGAAUACAAUUUAUGGUGUAAACGUGUAAUAAACUUUAACAAUCUUCAUCACACUUUAUAUAAUAUAAAAUAAAACCAAGAUCUAUAUGCUUUUACUUAAUUAUUCUUCAAGUAAAAAGUUGUCUGUAGCUAGGUAUUUUUAAAUCCAUGUUUUCUUCAGUUAAUUCAAGAGUAAUUUAUUGUGCACUAGGUGUUAGACAGAGUGAAUGUUUAUCGUCUUUCUUGUUUUCAAUGUAUCUACAGUUUUUUUCUGUGAAAAUGGAAUGAUAUGGUGUGAAACGGCUGUAAUUGUAAGCAGCAUGAAACAACGGAUGACCUGCUUAGCUUUUAUAAAAGGACAUACGUAUAGAAGGUAUAUCUAAAGUACUUACACUGAUGAUCUAUGUAUAAAAACUCAUUUUACCCUGUAAGCAAUAAUUAACAUGUGUUUGUUAUUGUUCUAUUCAUGUUGUUGCAUAUCUUGUUACUUGAAUUAGUAAUAUUAAAGCAGAAUUUUGAAUGUCUACUGAGAACUCCAUUUACUUAUAUAUACAAUGGACUUUACUAAAUAGGUGCUCUGAAUUGUUUCCUCCGUCUGCAGAUAGAGUUGGGAUCUCUAAUCAUAGAAGUACUUAGGGUUUACCUUUACGUUUAUCAUUAUUUGUUUUAUUGAUAAGUUUCCUCAAGUGAAUGCAUACAUUUUGAUAAGAUUUACCUUUUGCUUUUUAUCUUUAUUAAGGAUUGUUGGGAUAAGCGUGAGGUUUGUGCACAUAAACUGGUUUAAACCCCCAGUAAAUGUACAUUUUACUGACCGUUCCAAGGCGGUACCUAACAAUUCUUGAUAAACAUACCAAUUAUCAGUGUUUUUAAACGGAGAAUUAUUGAUUGUUUCAACCAAAACUGGCACGAUUCUAUUAACAGUUCCAGUCGGUGUUUUCAUUAUAAAGAAUUCAAAACUUUGCUUAAUGUGGAACGUUAUUUAUCUUUAGACAUAUCUUACAAACACUUACGCUUUUAGCAAAUUUAGAUGUUCAAAUCAUAAAUUGUUAAUUGAAUUUGGUAGGCAUAAUAAUAUCCCAAUAGAAGAACGCGUUUGUCGGUUUUGUCUAGAUAAUAUUAACAUUUUUGUUUUAGACUGUGAAUACCAUGCAUUCUUUAUAUGUUGUAAAUAUAAUGACAUACGAACGCAAUAUUUAUUUAGGGUAUUCUAAUGGUACUGAAUUAGAAGAAUUUUUAUAGGUUAAUAAACACAAAUCAAUCUGAAGAUUUACGAAAACUAGCUUAUUAUGUAUACCAUCUCCUUCUAAACAUAAUGUAAUAAUAAUGUUACAUUAAUGGUUAAGGGAAAAUAAUCAUGAUUUUUAUUUACAGUUUGCUUGUAUCGAUUAAUUACCCUGACACAACUCAUGCCUUUCUUGUAUGUUAUGUAUUUUGGGCCAGUGGCCCUUAAUUACUCAAUAAACUGUUGACUUGACUUGAAAAAAAAAUAAAUAUAUAUAUAUAUAUUUUAGUAUGUAUGCACUGUGCUGUUUGUAGAUUUUGUGUUCUAUGUCUUUGGCGUUUGCCCAGUGCCACUAAACCGGGUUUAUGUUUAAACGUUCUGCUACUGAGCUUGUUUCUGUAGCUUUUUGCAUAAAUAUUGAUGAGGGUAUGAUUUGUUUGUGGUGUUUGUAUUUGUUUAUUCGAUGUUUAAAUAUAUGUGUCUAAAGUUCUUUGUCAUUUGGACUGUUGCCUUGUGCCCCUAAACAGGGUUUAUUUUAUUUUUAAUUUCCGACUACUGGGCUUGUCCAUGUAAUUUUGCAAAUAAUGGUGUAGAUGUUAAUUGAAUGUGCAUUUUGGAAAUAAGUUGUUUAUAUUGAUAAAACAAAAUAAUGAUGUCAUAGA